AUGGUUAAUUCCACUCCAGACUCAAGUUCUUCCUCCUCUGCUUAUACUCCUGAACCUUCAAGUCCGCUAUUUCUCCUUCCUUCUGAUGUAUCGGGGGUGUCUUUAGUUGUUGUGCCUUUUUCUGGGACUAGUUUUGGGGGUUGGAGGAGGAGUAUGAUUGUGUCUUUGUCCGCUAGAAACAAAAUAGGUUUUAUCGAUGGGUCUUGCACCAAGCAUGCUGUGGAUUCUCUCCAGUACAGGCAGUGGGACAAAUAUGCUGAAAGUGUACAAUAUUCUGAAACUGCUGAAAGUAUAUGGAAACAAUUGAAUAAUAGAUAUGGGACUGUUAAUGGAACUAAGGUGUUUGAAAUAAAGAGAGAACAUGCAUCUACUUAUCAAGGGACUCUCGACAUAGCUUCCUAUUUCAACAAACUUAAAAAACCCUGGGAUGAAUUGGGGGUUAUGUGUACCAGCCAUGCAAAUUCUUGUGUUUGUGCUGCUAAGGACGGACUCCAGAAGGAUAAAGAAGAGGACAGGGUUCACCAGUUCCUCGUGGGUCUUAAUGAGGUUUAUAUGGGGGUAAGAAGCAACAUCUUAAUGAUGCAACCAUUGUCAUCCCUUGAUACAUUCUAUAACAUUUUGUUGCGAGAUGAAAAACAGAGACAGGUUGUCCCCAAUGCUCAACUUAAUCCAGAAUUAGCCUCUUUUAAUGCAAAUUUCAACAAUAACAGAUUCCCUUCUCAACUCUCAUCUACAAAACAAUAUACACAAAGGGUGAACUUUGAUUCAAGCAACUCCAAUGCUACUUUGUAUUGCAAGUAUUGCAAGAAACCUUAUCAUACAAUUGAGAAAUGCUACAAAUUACAUGGCUUUUCACCAAAUUUCAAAUUCACAAAGGGUAAGAAGUUUGGUACUGCUGCAAGAAGACUUCUGAACCUUCUGCAAUGUGACUCAGGGUCCCAACCUAUUCUAAUGCGAUCUGCCAAUUUUGUUGGUAGUUUUUCUUCUUUUCCUGUGUAUUUAAAUGGUAGUUCUACUAUGCGCAUGUUGACUAGUGUAGCUGGAAGGGUUUGGAUAGUGGAUUUAGGGGCAACUGACCACAUGACUUCAAAUAAGGACCUCCUUUUUAAUAUUACACCUCUUCCUGUUCCUUACUUAGUUUCUUUACCUAAUGGUUAUAAAGUUAAGGCCCAUUCUAUGAAGAAGCUUCUGGAGCUUGGUAGAAUGGAUCAAGGAUUAUACAAAUUUCACCUCAACCAUUCUGCUCCUCCAACAGUCUCAUCUCCUAAUAACUUUGUUUCUCCUUUUACUAACAAAGUACAGAAUGCUGAAUUUUCUUUACAUGGAAAUGUUCAAAAUGCGAACCACAGUUCUGUUCCUAUUUUACCUUGUGCUACUGUUCCAAAUGUGCAAACUGAGAAUUCAUGUCAUGUUUCUACUUUACCUUCUUGUACUGUUCCAAAUAAUGUGAAUAUAAAUGAUGUUCUUUGGCAUCAUAGAUUGGGGCAUGUUCCAUUUGUUCAAAUGAAGCAUAUACAUUCUAUCUCUAAUGAUUGGAUGUCAUCUUUCAUGAAUGUGUUUUUCCUUAUACUUUGCCUUCUUCUGCUCCUUCUCAUCUUCUUCCUUCAAUGCCUAUUUUUUUAUGAUUCUAAUGCUGAUGCUGAUGCUGAUGCUGUUACUGCUUCUUCUAUCCCUCCAGAUCUCCCUCUACCUCCUUCUCCAAUACCUGACACUCCUGAUGUUCCUAACUCUGUCCACAAUCCUGAUGUUCCUACUCCCAUUCAUUUUAUUGUUCCUAUCGAAUCAAUAGUUCUUCCUGGCCUUGCAGUCAGAAAAAGUUCCAGAACCCAUCAGCUCCCUUCUCACUUGAAGGAUUAUGUGGUCCAGCUCCCUUCUGCUUCAUGUUCUUCCUCUUCACUCAUGUCUACUACAGUAGAACCCCAUUCUUACACUCAGGCUGCUGCUAUUCCUGCUUGA